CCUUGAACUUGACUAUUUCUUCGGCACGAUUACUUUGUUGAGAUCAAAUCUAAAGUUAGUUUUUGCGAAAACAUUCAUCUUGAAUUCUUCACACACAAAGCGUUAUUCUAAAUUUGUAAAAAAUUCCACAGUUCGGUUGUCAUACUGAAAAACACUUCCUCCAACUCGUUAAAGUAAGAAGUCUUACUACCUCGUUCGUCCUGUCACACCUAAAAUUAUAAACAAAGUCGAAAUAUCCCCCAAACCCAACUAAAACAAGAUGGGUGGCAAAGGUAACAAGAAUGGCAAAGGCCGUCAUCAUGGCAACACCCAUGGUCAUGGGACGAACAACCAGCAGAACUCGAACUCGCAGAACUCUCAAAAUCCGGUCAGUCGUGGUCCCGCUAUGCACCAGCAUGAAUUCGUCGAUCAAUCUGACUCCAUCGAACGUGACUAUUUGAACAGUCUGUUCCACAAGAAUCAGAAGGGAGGUGGAAAACAUGGAGGAAAGAACAACCAGAUGAAGGGUGGUGGUGGUAAUGGUAAAGGCGAUGGAGCAGGUGGUAAAUCGAAGUCCGGUAACACCAGUGGCACUGAUCAGGAUGCUACCCCUCGUGAAACUGAUUAUACCUCUGUUGACAGUCAACAUGGCGUUGCUAAAGGUGGUGAUCUCGACACCCUGGGAGAGGUCUACGAUCAUCAAGGCUACCACGGUUUUCCGAACGUUAAGGCUUCCCCUAAUGCAUCUUCCUCUUCGGCAGCAUCCUCGAGAGGCUUUUCAUUUUCAAGGGGAAAAGGAGCCUAGGAUGCAUUUCGAGAUGGAUUGGGGUGAGCUCUAAGAACGCACUGGCUGGCGGCAAGACUGGUGGUGGUAAGCAGAGCUCGGCUGUCACGGUUGAUGAGAUUCGGGGUUCCGAACUCCUCGCACGUCCGACUGGCAUGAGCCAGACGUCCCAAUCUGCGGCUUUGCAGGCUGGAAGGUAAUACAACUACGAGGUUCUUGUCGUAGUCUUAGUCAGAAUGUAUCUCUCUUCUAGUAGAGCUAGGAGCAGUCAGCAGAGCUACUACGUAGAUAAUUUGUUUGUCGUGGUGGUCGAGGAAAAAAAAACUUGAAGUAAGGUGUUCUUGUUGUUCAUCAUCUUCCACCAACUCGUCCACUUCCACAGUCCCUACAAAAAAUCUUUCUUACAUCUCAUCUUCCACCAACUGCUCGUCCACUUCCACAGUCCCUACAAAAAAUCUUUCUUACAUCUCAUCUUACACCAACUGCUCGUCCACCUCCACAGUCCCUACACCGCUUUCGGCAAUGCUUCCAUCCUUGA